AAUGAUCUGUCCCACACCAGACCACCACGGAAAAUGGCGACUGUGAAAUAGAUGGAAGACGAAAGUAAGAAAUUAUUAAAUGCAGCGUCUAAAUUGUCCCCUGCUUCCAUCCACGCCACUCGGAGGUCAUGGCAUCAGAAAUGUCAUGUCUGUCAGGUGUUGACGAAGACGACAAAGAUGCAGAUUCUGAAAUCAAUGCCCUCACACUCCUGCAGGAACCAUUGAGAAUGGCGCAUGAGUCGUCCUCUUGCACCAAUUCUUUUGGAAAAGCCUCUCUGAAACAAAACAGUGUCCUAGAUGUUCUUUCAAACACUGAUAUGUUGUCUCCCGUUGGUCUGGGAAAUGGACCUUCUUUGCAUCAGGCUACACAAGCCCAUGAACUCAAUAGCAUCUCCUAUGAGAAAGAGGAGGAAAAGAGUAUUACCCCACUAAAGACUGUGCAGGAACUCGACCCUGCAGGAAUUUGGGGGUUUGAUGCAGAAUCCCCUGAAAACUCAAUGGACAAUUUUAGUAGUGCCAGUGACCACAAUUGGGACCCACACAAAGAGUUUAUGCAGUUUUUAUGGGACAACCACAGUGAGUCCCCUGGCGAGGAACCUAAAGAGGAACUCAAUCCAUCCAAUAGUCAGAGGAGGCGAAAACGGAAAAUGGACAUGGUUGUUAUGGUGGAUCCUUCUGAAGACCUUUACCCUGGUCUAAGCCCCAAGUCAUCGGAAGAGUCAUCUGAUACUGAAGAUCAAAUAGAUUCCAGUCCAGUCAGAAAAGUUAGAAAGUCACAGAAGCUCUCCAAGUCACAGUCAUCAACAGGGAAAGUUUCUAAGUAUCCUAAUGGAACUGUAAAGACCAUUAAAGAAAUUCUUUACAAAGCACCAACAAGAAAUUCACAUGAGAAUAAUAUAAAUCAUGGACUCUCACCAUUAAAGGGGAGGCUCACACUAAAUUCUCAGCCGGAGGGGAAUCCAUCAUGUUUCCCUUGCCCAAAGUGUAAUCUCAUAUUUAAGAAAGAACACCGCUUGCAUCGUCAUAUGAAGUCUCACGAUGACCCUCCAAGCAUUUUGCCAAAGCCUUUUAUAUGCAGAGAAUGUGGAAAGUGUUUCAAACAAAGUAGUGCGCUCAUUGACCACAUGUCCAUCCAUCAUGACAAGAGAACCAGAAACUCAGAUGAUAUCAAAGGCACAAAUGACAAGAAGAAAGAGGAUGAAAAUGCCAAGUUUUUCUGCCCACAGUGCCCAUUUGGCACAAACUGCCCCAACACAUUUGUUCAACAUGCGAAAACACACGAAAAGGAUAAAAGAAAGUUUAGAUGUGACAAAUGUAGCUUCAGGACUAUGAAUGAGAAUGACCUUAGGAGACAUAACAUUAUGCAGCACACUGUUAUUACAGUUAAAAAGCAAAUCCAGAGUAACAAAAGUGAAAUCUUUCCCUGUAACAUUUGUCCUUAUAAAGCUUUUAGCAAACACAUUUUUCAAAAUCACCUUCUGCGACGCCAUCAGCUGACCUUUGAGGAAUACGCAGCAACACAUGACUUUGAGAAAAACACGCAGCAGUCUAAGGAGCUCCAGGUGCAGACCUGUAAAGCUGUUGAAGAUACUGAGUUAAUGUCUAAAAUAUCAUUAAAAAACCAAAUUUCUUCCAGAAGAGCCUCCUCGCCUGAUGAGUCCACUGACAUCUUAGACUUGUUCAAAAAUAGCAAAAAUAAGAGAGGUCCCAAGUCUCAGUUAGCAGAAUCGAAACUUGACAAAUCAAUCAACGUUCUUCUGUCUCGACAAAGCCAGGGGAAGAAGGGCACAGAACAGAAAAAGGAAAGCAAUAAUUACAGUACAAAUGCUCAGGACUCCAAAGAUGGUGGUGACAAAUCACCAGAGAAGUUGUCCAUCAAGGUGGAAGAUUCUGCUGCAUCCCCUAAUGGCCCAAAGUUGAAACUGAAUAAUUCAUUUGUCAUCAAGUCACCAUCUAAACGGAAGAUGUCCAUCCCAUAUCGCAACACUUCUGACCAAGACUCAUGCUUCAUCUUACCAAAACCUUUGCUAGGUCCUAAGAAAGGAAACUUAGAGGAUGAAGUUGCUGAGUGUGACGAUAAAGAAUCUUUGGAAGAUAAUGAUUCAGAUGACAAUAGUAAUUUUUUUGAUGAUAGUAUGAAAAAAGAGAAAAAAAACAUCAUUUACACAUAUAGUAGAAGAAUGUCCAUGAGGGGUGCUUUACAAGCAUCUAAAAGGCUGUUUGAGAAAAUAAAGACUGAAGAGCAAGACAUCAAUGACCCUGAAAUCAAAGAAGAAUGCAUAGAAACAGAGGUAUUUCAAGAGACCUUUGACGCCCACCAAAUACCGCUGGGCGAAUCCCCUACAGACGAUUUGUCAGAGUUGGAAUCGGAUCGCAAGACCUGUCCAUAUUGUCCUGCUGUAUUUGAAUCUGGUGUUGGACUCUCUAAUCAUGUGAGAGGGCAUCUUCAUAGAGUUGGACUAAGCUACAACGCACGCCACGUUGUGCCUCCUGAGCAAGUUGCUUCUCAAGAUAAGAGACCACGAAUUCGACGGAAGAUGUCAGCUUUGCGGCGAUUGAGAAAAGCAUUACAACUAGAAUCGGAGUCUGAGACUGUGAAAGGCAUUCACUCUUGUCCAUUAUGUGGGGACUCAUUCGACAACAGAACUGGACAGUCAAACCACAUACGAGGCCACCUUAAAAAGCUUGGUAAAAGCUUUUCCACAAAGAACAAAUCUCCAUUACUUUUACUCCGUGAGCUAAUGCGAGACAAGAAAGAGUGCCAACGAGCCCUCCAGAUUCUUGGGAAACAACGAAACGAUUUCCAAUACGGAGCUUCACCAAAGCUGCCCACAGCUAAUCGUUAUACGUCUGCCGCGACUGGAAUCUCAAAAAGUCAUUCUGUUUGCACUGACACCAAACCACUGAUGCCCACAUUUUCUCUGGGAGAAAUGGAAUCCGAAAAAGGGCAACUGGAGACCAAGUUGGAUGUUAAAAAUUCACUGUCAGGCACAACUGCUUUGAUAGGGAUUCUGAAGAAAAGGAAGUGUCAGGAAGAUGGCAAAAUGAAGGCGUCCUCUUACAUGUCAAGAACCAUGUUGCCGGUUUCCUCAAACAGUGAGCACAGUUCAGGAAUGGUUGCAUCUUCACUGCCAAAUUCAAUAUCUGAGAAAGGUGAAUUCAACAGGAAGGUGUGCAUUCACUGCAAUGCAACUUUCCAUAGUGGAGUUAGCUUGUCCAAUCACCUUCGAGCAUAUGCAAAACGAAAAAGGAUCGCCUUACUGGAGGGAACCACAAUUUGUUGUAAGGCGGUUAGGCAACGCUCCAGGCCUGGCUCAAAGAAGAAGACGCUUCCUAUACCCCAAACUCCAGAGGAAAUGUACAGGCUCACCUGCAGGUUCUGUGACCUCGUCUUCCAGGGUCCCUUGUCAGUCCAGGAGGAUUGGAUUAAACACUUACAGAGACACAUUAUGAACACUGGUGUUCCUCACACUGGGCUGGGUAUGGUUGAGGUUACCUCAUUACCCAUACACCCCCCAACCCUCAAGACUGAUCAAGACAGCGCUUUGACAGUCGCACAUGCUGCCUCAGGAGGCCAGUGAGGACCUUUUUAGAUUUUAGAUUUCACUAGAUUGUAUGUGUAUGUACAUUGGAUGUUCCUUCAUUUUUUUUUCUUCUUUUUUUUUAAAAAGUCAAUGCUGGCCAAAAAGUACAACAUUGCUCAAUGAUUUAGAUAUUGUGCAUGUUUGAAAAUUUGGACAGAAACGUGUUAUUUUGGAUACUGUUACCUUCCUCUGUUUUUACAUGGUCUUUUUUUUUGACAAACUUCUUUUCUCGUUUUAAGCAGUAAUGUAGUGUUGAAUCAAUUUCUAAUGAAGACAACUUAUACCUCAGAUUUCUUCAUGGUUUGAGUCAGUUCAAGUCAAAAAUUCUAAGCAUCAGUUUUCACAUAGGAUAGAAAGAAUCAUGUUUCCUUUGUAUUGCAAUAUGUUCCAGUCAAUGCCCAUGUCAUCUUUUCAGGCCAGAUUUAGAGAGGAAUAUUGCGACUGAAAGUGUGAGGUAACAAAAAAAAGAAAAGAAAAAAAAAAGUCUGCAAUCUUUUAUGCAUAGAAAAUGUUUUAUAGUAUUUCAGUAACUGCAUUGUUUCUAAAACAAAAUAAAAACUAAAAGGUGGAUGAGGAAAAAGAAGUCCUAACACGCACAACCUGUGCAGAUCAUGCCCUUCGUACAAGUCACCUAUAUUUAAUGUUUAAAUAAACUGUUUUGAAAUAAUUUAAUUUUAAAUGUAUUAUAUCACACAGAUACAAUGCGUAAAACAUUUGUGUUGUUCAAAAUAAAAAAAAGCAAAAACAUGUUGACUUUUUCAAAUCAUUUUUGUAUUCAUGUUAUGACAACCAUCUUGUAACUUACAAAUAAAAGAGUACAAAAUAUUAAAAACUAAGUUUUCUUUAAAUGAUGACAUUGUGGAGCCCUCAUACCAGCUGACAUGUUUAUUAACACAAUAUACAUUUGAUAUUACAGGGAUUGGACAAUGAAACU